GCAAAGCGUCCUGGAUCGCUGGGCUGAUUCACAAAAUCGCCAGCCGGCGGGAAGUGUUGUGCAGACAGAGGGGUGCAGGAGCUGCGCUGUGAGGCGCUGCAGGAAUGAAAGGAAAGGCAUUAUUUACAGUCAUGAAAGACACAAUUUGGGACCAGGAUUUCAGUUUUACAGAAGAUGUAGAUUUCAUCUUUUACCCGUUUAUUGAUUAUGAGUGGCCAUUGGAAACUGAAUUCCACCAAAUAACAGAUUUCAGUGAUCUGCCUACAUCUCUUUUUGCGUGCAGUGUUCAUGAAUCAGUUUUUGAAGAAAAGGAUGGGAAGGGAUUGUUUGAGUCACUUUUCCUUGCCUAUGAUAAUCAUGUGACAUUCCAGCUCUUUAAAAGCUUCAGACGUGUGAGAAUAAACUUCAGUAAUCCCAAGGCAGCUGCAAGAGCUCGGAUAGAACUUCAUGAGACACAAUUCAGGGGGAAGAAACUAAAGCUCUACUUUGCCCAGGUGCCGAAUCAAGGCACAGACGGGGAUAACUUACAUUUGGCUCCUCCUCAACCUCCUAAACAGUUCCUAAUUUCUCCACCAGCAUCCCCACCUAUAGGAUGGAAGCAACUAGAUGAUGCCACACCUGUAAUUAAUUAUGACCUCCUAUAUGCAGUGGCAAAAUUGGGACCAGGAGAGAAAUAUGAGCUUCAUGCAGGAACGGAGUCUACUCCUAGUGUUGUUGUCCAUGUCUGCGACAGUGACAAUGAAGAAGACGAAGAGGAACCAAAGAACUGCCCAAAACCAAAAAUAAUUCAGACAAGACGCCCAGACCUUCCAUCAGCAAAGUUUCAUUGAAGAAGCUGGCUGGGUGUGUGAAAAGUGAAAGAUGGAACCAUUUAAUUGUUUCAAGCAUUUUCCAUUGGACUACAGUCUUUGGAUUUAAAUAACGCCUUGCUUCCCAUGAAGACCAGUGGGAAGGGAAGUCACUUGAUAUCUGUGCAUUACCUUGGUAGUCACUCAUAGCCUUCACUGUGCUUUCACUUUAUGUUCUAUUGUUAGUCCAUCAAGGAAAUGUUUGGUUUCAAUUUGGAUUCAAUUCCAGAGAUACUUGAUAAUCGGUGUUGGGCAAACAAAUUGCAUGGCAUUUAAACAGUGCCUUUAAUGGAAUUAGAGUUCAUAUAAAAAGGCCUGCUGUAUCGAAAGUUCUGCUAAUCUUCCAAUCACUGAAUGCUGCUUAACACUGGCAGUUUAUUAAUAUUAUUUAUCAGUUAGAGAUUUUUCUUUUAGGGCAUGUGGGUCAUUUUUUUAAAACAGAAACUUGGCUGAAAUGUGCAGCUGCAUGGCAUAUAUAGGCAUUUAGCUUGAUACCUACAGUACAUGAACAUAUUGCUGAUUACUGGAAGUGGCAGUUUGUACAAAUGCAUGCACUGACCUUAACACAUUUUUGGCAUUAUCUUAACUCUCUCCUGGAGAGGGAUGCUAAUCAUACAAUAUGCUUUACUGGUAUCUUGUGUUUUUUUUCUGACUAACAUUUGUCAUAUGUCCACAAAUUACAAAAUGCAGUGUUUGCAUUAAACUGUCAACUGUGUGUUGCUUUCUAUAACUGUUUUUUAUAGAUUGAAACUGUAGUGAGGUUUGUGCGCUGCCAAAUAUUCUGCUAUUGAAGAUGCUACAAGGCAUUCUUUAUGAAAUAGCAACCAAGAAAAAAAAAUGCUAAACUGCAGAGAUGUAGCAGAUAGCAUUUAUUUUUAUCCUCCUUGUUCAGCUAUUUUUAAAUAUAACAAAAUAGAUGUGUCAUUUUGCGGAAAUUGAAUCCUUCGUUCUUGUUGACAAUUUGGAUUGUUUUCCCGACCAGAGAGACAAUUAGCAUAAGUUAUACAUUAGUGGAUAAACUGUAUUGUUAAGAUACCUGUAAACAAUGAAGGGUAUUGGUGAAACAUGAACUCAUACAAUAUGACAUUGUUCAACUGUAGAAGUGUGGAACUGUUACACUAGUGAACCCCAAACUGAUGUGUUUGCAGCCACAAUGUUAUUUCAAGUGAUCAUCAGUGAGUUAUGUCACAGUUCUUAGCAUUGUUUAAUGUUAACAGCAGUAGGUGAUUUAUGAUACUUUUGCAUACUAUAGCUAGAUUUUUUAUCCAGCUGCCUACUGUUUAAAAACAUAUGACUGUCAUACUUCAUGCCCCCUUGUAAACUGUAUUGUGUUUGUAUUUCAAUUUUAAAUUAGUUUUUUUUUUUAUUGUCCAUGAUUGACCUAAUACUGUUUAACAAUGUUGUUUAACAUUUAUUUCCUUAAAAAUCAUUAGAAUAUACAAUUGUAAGAUAAUGAGAGGAUACUUUUAAAUCUUUUACUUACCUUAUAAAAAGGGUGGUUGCUCUACAGCUCCAGGAAAUUUAGUUACUAUAUGUGUGAACUUUGAAUGUUCACACCAUAUUCUUCUCCAAUACUCCUGUUUCCUUGCAUAUUACAAAGAUGGAUUUUAGGUGACUUUAAAUUGUUCCCAUUUGUGUGAGUCUGGGUGUCCACAUGAAAGGCAUUUUAAUUUGUUUAUUUUUGAUUUCAUCUCUUUUAACAUAAGUAAUCUAGCAACAUGCAUGAAUAGCAAUGAAAAUGUGUUUUUCUUAACAGAGGACUGAUAUUAAGCAACCAGAGUUCAGCUUUCGUGCCUGCCAAAAAUGCAAGAAAAUGCAGAUUUACCUACUGUACUUAAAAGUAUGUUUUCUACCAUAAUGAAAGAAUUGUAUAAAGUGCUUGCUUUUAUAAAUCUUGUUUAAAGUAGAGAAGUAAAUAAUGACAUGAAACACAGAUCCUCUGUCUUGUUUCAAUGUUUAAAAUGUCUUGUACAUGUAAGCAACAUUAUCUCGGUACAGGGCAGUGUCAUUCUGCAUACACAGUAACAGCAAAAGGGCAACUUUGAUUUAUAUAGCAUUUCUGUAUAUAAAAGAAAAGCCUUUUGGGUUUUCUUGGCACAUAAGGACUAUAAAAACACUGUGACUCACUGUGAUUGUGAAACUGACUUCAUCAUUCACCUUUUUUCCUGUGAUACAUUGCUUGCCUUUUCAGUGACUUUAACACUGCAUGCCUGGAUACUAUCAUUAACAGAAAUACAGUGAGAUGUUUUGCUCUUGUGAUGGUUUUAAAACCAAAAAGAAUUUUGGAAAAGGUGGUCUUAUUUUUUUUUCCAAUGUGGCCUCUGUUGUGUUCGUUGCUAAGACAUGAAUUCCUUCAGGAACAACCACUACUGUCUGUAACAUUAAUAAUACUUAUGUGUGCCUGUGUAUUUUAGAUGCUGUUUUACAUAAUAGGAUGCUUACAUGAGUGAUUGUGCUUGUGAAAAAUUGCAUGUUUUUUUUUUUUAAAUAUUAGGUUUGGCAAAAAAGGCUUUUUAAAAAAAAUACUCAUUGUGGUUAACUCUGUUUAAUCGCAUUUAUGCUGGGUCAACAUCCUUGAAAUUUUCUGUCAUUUACAACAUAGGUAUGUCUCUUCUUUUGCCUAAACAGUUUUUACUGGAUACCUUUCCUUUAAAUGCUUAAAUAUUUUUAUGUUUAUUCUUAAAGUAGAUUACCGUUGUCCUGCAAGAAGAUAAACUUGGAUAGACAAACCCAAAUUCAUAUGUGUGCUUGUUCAUUUAUGUUCUGCUUCCAUCUUGGUCUGAUUUUGGUUGUUUCAUGUAUGGUUGAUCACAGCAAUGAUUUGAAGAAUAAAGUUCAUCAGAAUUUAUUGUUCAUAAAUUAAUUUAGUGUUAGUGUUGAUAACAGUUUGUGACUUAAUAAUACUUAAUAGAUUUUCCAAAAAUAUCAUCCUGCCUCACACCAAACUCAUUCCUGGGAGCCAAAUUGACUGCUGUUUUUACUGUCAUAGAGAUUAAUUUACAAACCUUUCUGAUUAAAGACAUUUGGUGAUUUUUAAAUGUCAUUUAUAAAGAAACUAGAAUUAAAUUAUGGACAAAACCUUACAAGGAAAAUACUUUUUAAAAAUUUGCUAAAAGCAGUGAAAACGGUAUAUCAAUAUAUUUUGUUUAAUGCUUGCUUAACAUAAAUGGAGCAAAGGGACUGACAGAGUUCCUUAUUUAUUAAAAUUCAUCAUAAUGUGAUGCUAACCUCUGACUACAGAUAGAUACCAGAAACAAGGCAAGUAAUUAAAUUAUGAACUGAUAUAUUUGCUAGAUUUUUCUUUGAGAGUGUUUAAACUAAAAAAUUAUAAAUCCAAUUGUUUCCCAGAAGCCUCACUCAUUUAUAAAAAUCAGACUAUUCUUUAGAAUCAGAAUCAGAAUAUCAGAAUAUCUUUAUUGUCAUUGUAACAAAUACAAUGAAAUUAGGUGCAGUCCCUGCGGUGUCAAAAUAUAAAUAAAUAUAAUUACAAAAGGAUAAGAAGAAAUAAGGUGGAACACAAACAUUCAACAUAAGACCUUAAUUGCACAUGAAACACUAUUGCACAAGAUGUCAUCUAUUGCACUGCUGCAUUGGAGGUGAUUAGGUGGCAUUCAGUGCCCUAAUAGCAACAGGGUAGAAACUGUUAUUCAGUCUAUUUGUCUUUGUUUUGAUGCUCCUAUAUCUUUUGCCUGAUGGCAACAGUUGGAACAUGUCAUAAGCGGGGUGUGAGGAGUCUUUCAAGAUGUUUUCCGCUUUCCUGAGGCAGCGAGAGCUGUGCAGUUCAUCCAGAGAGGGUAAAGAACAGCCGAUGAUCUGCUGGGCAGUCUUUAAGAUCCACUGAAGUGUUUUCCUCUGCACUGUUGUGCAGCUGGAAAACCACACGCAGAGGCAGUAGCACAGGAUACUCUCAAUAGAACAUUGAUAGAAGGACACCAGCAGUUUUCAGGUGAUGUUAUUUUUCCUGAGGACUCUCAGGAAAUAAAGUCUUUGCUGAGCCUUUAAAUAGUUUACACCUGCAAAUUAACAGAAUAAAAUAUUCAUUCAUUAGAAACCUAUUAUGACAGCAAUGGGUGGACUCAGGAUGUAACUACAGAUGGGAUAGCAGUGCAAAUUUAAAUUAAAAAAAGGAAAUGAAAUUGUACAUACAUUUUAAAAUAGAAUAACAUAUUGGAUGUUUUCUAAUUACAAGAACAGGUUUACAAAAUCUUACAAAUUUAGGAAGCAAACUAAAUGAGUACUUUAUAUAUUUUGCAAAAUGCCUCGAUAAACCUGAAAAGUUCAUAAAUAAAAUAGUGUGUCUGCAAAGAUGCUGUUUGUGUUUGUGCUAUUGCCUCACACCAGCUGUGAUCUGUGUUCAGUCUCUGGCUCAAGUACAGUAUUUAAAUAGUUUGGACUCUACAUUGGUUUUCUUUGGGUACUCCAGUUUCCUCCCACAUCUCAGGGCUUAUGGGUUAUUUAGACUGGUGACUCUGUGUGCCUGGUUUUAAUGAAUGUAGGUGUGAGUAUGAUUGUGUCCUGCAAUAGGCUGGCAUCUUGUUCAGGGAUGGUUUCUGCUUUGAAUCCUGUCCUAUAGUGUAGGAUCCUGCUCUCUAUGAACCUGCAUAAAAAGAAGACCGUUUUACAAAAUGGAUGUCAGAUUCUUUAUUCAAACAAAAACAACUUCAAAAUUGUGUGCAAAUGUUUCUUUAAAAGAAACCAUAUUUAUCAAUAAUAUAUGCCACAUUCAUUAGUUUUUAUAACAGUGUGAGACACAAGCUAUCAAUCAAUCAUUAUUCAUUUUGUGAAAACAACUACAGCAGUCACAUCAGUAAGAAGCCAUGGUACAGAGUAUAAAAUGGUAGAAUCAAAACAGAAGUCACUGCUUAAUAAAAACAGCAGUUUGUUAGUCAGUAUAUGUAUAGUGCCUUUCAUAGUGAACUCCAUUUAAGAAAACCUCUUGUGAUUGCACAGUUGUUGUUUUAUUUACCUUUAUUUUCUCAUUUCCCUUUAAUAAUAAUAAUUCUUUGUACGCCUGAUUUAUCACAGUUUAUACAUAUUGGCUAUUAUCUAUUUCAAAAUAUACAAAAUAUCUUCAAGUAAUUGUUAUUUUCACAUAACAGGUUUUUGCCUUUUGGAAAGAGCCAAUUAUCAAAUUCUAUUACUUGUAUGCUUUUCUGAGUGGCUUCUUGUUAUUUCAAAAGAAGGAAGACCCAGUGUUUUGGUUUUGAAAUAAUUUCUGUUUUGUCCAUAGAGUGUUCUUGUAGUCUACAUAAUGCUUAUAUAAUAAUACUAGUCAUUGAAAUAAUGUUCAUUUAUACUAUCUCAGCAAAAACCUCAGGAAUGAGAGGAGUCAAGACAGACUUCCUCUUGCAUAAGUUAACCCCUUCUAUUAUAUUAUUUUUUAGCUUAUCGCUUGUACUAAAUGUUCUCAGUUAUAUUUUCUCAUUUCUUUGUAAAAAAUGUAUCUGAGUGAAUUUAAAUUGGCCUAGGAAUGUAUCAUCAAAACAACUCAUAUCCAAUGUGUUACUGUGCAAGGUCAACUGUGUAGUUUGUUAUUGAUGUACAGUAUCUGAAUUGCCUGCCCACAUUAAUAAGACAUUUCUCUCACUCUCUCUCUUUGUCUGUAUAUAUAUAUAUAUAUAUAUAUAUAUAUAUAUAUAUAUAUAUAUAUAUAUAUAUAUAUAUGCACUGUUUUUACUGCAGUUUUUGUAGAAAAAAAUCAUUGUUGCUAUGUACGGUAGUUAACUAAAUCUAAUGUGAUAUUAAAUUGUUUUUUGCU